AUGACCCAUAGGAAAACGAAAUGCCAGAGUGGUUCUUUAAAAGCCAAGAAAAGAAAAAGAGUAGAGCAACUUCAAAAUUCUUUAAGAGGAUCGAUGAACAAAUAUUUGGCUCGAACAAGUGAUAGUGUUGGACGUUCAGAGAGAAUUAAUGAGGAGGGUGAUGGUCCUACGGCAGAAACAAUGAAUGACGGUGAUGAAGAAUAUGCAAAUUUGGUUAAUGAAAUGGAGAAAGAGAAUGAUAUGCUCAAUGGUAGUAGCAUUACUGGUCCUAGCGGAAAUAAUCAGGAUGUGGAAGGUGAAGAAUUUUUACUGCCAACUACAAAUGAGAAUGAACACAGGCAUAGCAAAGUGCAAAAUAAAGAGUGCGGACCAGUAAACAUUUAUGAUCCGGGAAAUUGGAAAUUCAUUGACCAAGGUUUCAGAGAUUUUUUGGUAGAAAAGGGUCCCAUAAGAGUAGUAAGUGAACAUAAUCAAUAUCCUUACAAUGAACAUCGAAGACGAUUCUCUAACCGUUAUUUUAAACAAAAAAUGAGUAAUGGGGAAAGGGUUGAUAGGAGAUGGAUAGUAUAUUCAACUGUUAAGGAUCACGUGUUCUAUUUUAGUUGCAAAUUGUUUAAAGGAGAUGGGGUUGAUUGUCAGUUGGAUACCAAUGGCUAUAAUGAUUGGCAUAAUCUUGGUAAAAAACUUAGACAACAUGAUACUUGUGAGGGACAUAUAGAAUCCAUAUCAAAGUGGAAUGAAUUGGGAAGACGUUUGAAGAAAAAGGAAACCAUCGAUAAGGCGAUGCAAAAAUAA